AUGAGUAAACCAUGUGCAAGUGACGAAGCUACCAGCGACGAUCUGAGUUUCCGUUUUCGUGAAAUACUAAUCAAAAUAUUAGACCACUUAAGCCAGGCCGAAUGUGAAAAAUUAUCUUUCUUAUUGGGUGAUGAUGUUGAACGUCGUAUACGAGAUGAUCGAACGACUGGUGGCACACUCAAAGUUUUUCAGCAGUUAUUUGAUAGAGGCAAAAUAUCGGAAGAAGAUUUUACAUAUUUGAUCAAGGCUUUUGAUGCAAUAAAAUGUAGAAAGGCGGCAAAAAGUCUCCGAGAUCAUCAGCGGCUGAUAGUUGAACAACAAUAUUUUUCAUCCCAGUCGGAAAAUGCAACCAUCAGUAGUUUGAUUUCUACAAGUCCUACCGGUAACACAGCUGCUACCACGACGAGUAAUGAAAAAACGGCAUCGACCUUCAGUACCACACUACUAAAGAAUCUAACGGGAGACUGGGAAGAUGAUAAAUCAAAUGGUUAUUUUCAACUAUGGAAAGAUCCUGCAAAGAAACAAUCGUCUGUUGCUCGAGAGUUAUGA